AUGUUAAUUUUGCCAGCCGUUGAAGAGGUUUUAAAAACUGUUUUAGACAAACCUGCAUCUGAUAUCAUUAAAAGAAUUCCCUUAAGAAACAAUACUGUUGAAAGACGUAUUGAUGAAAUGAGUUCUGAUAUUGGAAGCUUCUUAUGUAAUUAUUUGCAAACGACCCAUUUCUCUAUACAACUGGACGAGUCAACUUUACCUGAUAAUGCAGCAUUAUUAUUGGCAUAUGUUCGUUUUAUUAUGAAUCAAGAAAUAUACGAAGAACUGCUCUUCGCAAGAACUUUGAUAACCGACACUAAAGACAAGCUGCCAGGAAGACGACGUUUCAACUUACGUUCAGAUUUUGAACCUAGGUUUGAGGAUAUUUUGACUAUGGUAAUACCACCGUGGAUAAUUAAUCCAUAUGGUGACAUAGAAGAAACGAAUGUCAUAAUACAAGAGGAACUGACUGAACUAAGUACAAACGAAGAACUUAAGGUUCAGUUUAAAAACGGAUAUCAGCAAUUCUGGCUGCAAAACAACAUACCCGUUACUUAUCCCAGACCUGAAGGGGCAUCUGAACAAAGUAGAGCAAUGUAA